GGGUCAGCCGAAAGUGAGUUGAGUGUCUUUUGUGUUCCAGCUAAAAUAAUAUGUUGGAUCUUUAACAACACAGGAGACACGGACUACAAUACUGCACCAAACACUCCCUCAGUUGUUUUCACAGCAGAUGAGGCAAUGCACUGCAUUGACAUAACUAUUGAGGUUGAUGGUGCGGUUGAGAACAGUGAGAUGUUUUCUGUGAUGCUGAGCACUACCGAAGAAAGAGUGAACUUGUUUCCUGCAUUGGCUAAUAUCACCAUUAUCGACAAUGACAAUGUCAUUAUCGGGUUUGCGGGAGGUGCUAUGAUUCGGUUUGUUAAUGAAUCUUCAUCGCAAAUUGAAGAGUGUGUUGUCUUGUCCCACUUUAAUCUUCAACGGGAACUAACUGUCACUAUUGUAACUGAAGAAGAGUCUGCCACAGUAGAAGAUUUUAACCCACUAGACGCCUUCAGCGUGGUGUUUCACACCAGA